CGCCCAGAGACUGCUGGGCAUAUAAAUAGUCUUUCUUUUGCUAUUUCUUCCUCUUUUUUUUGCUGUUUCUUCAAUGCUUAAGCGCUGGUGGUUUUUGUUCAACACUGUUUGUUUUCUCUUCCGCUGCUCAAGAUGCCCUUAUUACGAAUCAUCUUCGAAAACAUCGACUACUAUCUCUUGAUCCCUUCUGUUUUGUUCAGGAUCUUUUUGACUCCUUUAUCAGUUGCUAUUUUGGUUUGCUCCUGGAUCAAAAUUGACUUGGUUCGUUACAGAAAUGGCUUCAAAUGGUGCUUGAAAGAGUUGAAACACAUCUUCCCCUGUGUAUUGGCUCAAUUGGGUUUGGUCAACUACAAAAAUCUAAACAACCUAAAUAAAGACAAUCCCUUUGUUGAUUCUGAUCUUUUUAGAAACAAAAGCCAUCCAUUAUAUUCGAGGUUUUAUUACAGAAUUCAAGAAAAAUACAGGAGAACUUUUCACAUUAUCAAAGUCGAUACUUACGCCAUUGUCGAUGUUAUAUUCAAUGAAUUCCACAUCUUGAGCAAGAGAUUGAAUCAAUUGCUUAAUAUCUGGUUUUACUCGACUAAUUUGCAACGGAAGUUGCAAUCGUUUUGUUUAAAACUUCUUUUUACCGAUUCCCACACUAAUGAUACCAAACCACACAAGUCCAAUUUUGGAAACGAUAAUACGAACAAAACAAAAACAAAAACAAAAAAUAAAAAGAACAAUCAGAAUUUCGACACUAAAAAAACCCAAAACACUGAUAAUAUUGACAGUUUACGAGAUGCACAUUGUUUAGACACUCUUAAUUUAACCGCCAAUCAAUCAAUUGAUCGAUCAAUUGAUCAAUCAUUUGAUCAAUCAUUUAAAUCCUCAAAUACUAACUCCAAUAUCAACAAAAAAAUCAAUAAAAAAAAAUUAAAAAAAAACUUAAAAAGAAAAUAUACCUCGUUAUCAGCGAAAUCUAAUUCUAAUAAUAAACCAGUCAACAAAAAAGCUUUUACUCCUUUAAACACAAAAAACUUGGAUUUGGAAAAGAGUCUUAAAGAUAAUAUUCCAAACGAUUUGGAGAUAACUCAUGAUUUUUCUUUUUCAACUGAUAAUAACACCAUUAAUAAUAAUUCAGUUUUAGAUAACACCAUUCAACUAAAACCAAUCAAUAGGACUUUAAAAAUGGCUCAAGAAAAUAAAAAUAGUCCCAAAAAAUUAAAUUCUUCCCAUUCUCAUAAAAAUUCGGGUUUCCAAACUUUAACUGCUUCUCAAUUAUUUAUUGAUUCUGAUUAUCAAAAUGAUAUUAACGAUUCAAAUAAAAUCAAUAUUCUAGAAUUUAACAACAACCAUCAAUCUUUAAAUGAUUUUAUCAAUGACAGUAUUGAUAUUAAUGAUAAGGAAAAUAGUGAGAAUAAAAAUCAAAGUGAUCAAUCGAAAGAAAAUUUUCUUUUAGAUUCUCCUUUUACUCCAUCAUCUCCUAAAAGUACAAAUAAUAAAAACUCAACUAUUAAAAGUUCCAAUUCAAUUGUAUCAUCUGAUAAACAUUUUAAAUUAAAUUUCUCAAAAAAAUUAUCCAAAUCGAGAUCUCGCUCAAAACAAAAGGUUAAUAACAAUAACAACAAUAAUACUCAUCCAGAAAUUUUAUAUGCCUCUAGUUUUGUUCCACUUUCAAAUGAAAAAUUAAUUUCAAAUGAUUUUAAUGACGUUUCCAAUGAGAAUACCAAUUCUUCUGAUCAUGAUUAUGAGUCAGUACAAAACAAUAUCCGAGAAAUAAUGAAAUGUCCAGACUUUGAUGAUGGUUCUUAUGCUCCAAACUUACUAAGAUUAGCCUGGCACUCUUCCGCUACCUAUGAUAAAUAUACUAAAACUGGAGGCUCUAAUGGUGCAACUAUGAGGUAAUAUUUCACUUUUACUUGUUUCUUAACUUUUCUUAUUUAUCACAAUUUUUUUUUAUAUUUUUCUUGUCUUUGUUGUAAUAUUUUUGUUCUAUGUUUUGCUUAUCCCAAUUAUUUGCUAUAUUAUUUUUUUUAUUUUUGCUUUGAUAAUUUUUUUCAG